AUGACAGCAAUCGAAACUCAGGUGCAAUAUGGCUCCUACAUGACUUCGGAGCAAAUCUACAUGACCCAAGAGGAUGAUUGGGACAGGGACCUUCUGUUGGAUCCUGCCUGGGAGAAACAGCAACGCAAGACCUUCACCGCCUGGUGCAACUCUCACCUGCGUAAAGCGGGCACACAGAUUGAGAACAUUGAGGAGGACUUCAGGAAUGGGCUCAAACUCAUGUUGCUGUUGGAGGUCAUCUCAGGUGAAAGGCUUCCCAAGCCAGACAAAGGCAAAAUGCGUUUCCACAAAAUCGCCAACGUGAACAAGGCCCUGGAUUUCAUCUGCAGCAAGGGAGUCAAGCUGGUGUCCAUCGGUGCCGAGGAGAUUGUGGAUGGUAAUGUGAAGAUGACCCUGGGGAUGAUCUGGACCAUCAUUCUGCGUUUCGCCAUCCAGGACAUCUCUGUAGAGGAGACCUCUGCUAAGGAGGGUCUGUUGCUGUGGUGCCAGAGGAAGACUGCCCCCUACAGGAAUGUCAAUGUGCAGAACUUCCACAUCAGUUGGAAGGAUGGYCUGGCACUGUGUGCCCUCAUCCACAGACACAGACCUGACCUCAUUGACUACUCCAAACUGCGCAAGGAUGACCCCAUGGGCAAUCUCAACACUGCCUUCGAGGUGGCAGAGAAGUACCUGGACAUCCCCAAGAUGUUGGAUGCAGAAGAUAUUGUGAACACCCCAAAGCCCGACGAGAAGGCCAUCAUGACCUAUGUGUCCUGCUUCUAUCAUGCCUUCGCUGGAGCCGAGCAGGCUGAGACGGCUGCCAACAGGAUCUGCAAGGUGCUGGCUGUCAACCAGGAGAACGAGAAGCUCAUGGAGGAGUAUGAGACGCUGGCCAGUGAGCUGCUGGAGUGGAUCCGUCGCACCAUCCCCUGGCUGGAGAACCGUGUGGCCGAGCAGACCAUGCGCGCCAUGCAGCAGAAGCUGGAGGACUUCCGUGACUACCGUCGCGUCCACAAGCCUCCCAAGGUGCAGGAGAAGUGUCAGCUGGAGAUUAACUUCAACACCCUGCAGACCAAGCUGAGGCUGAGCAACAGGCCCGCCUUCAUGCCCUCCGAGGGCAAGAUGGUGUCGGACAUUGCCAAUGCCUGGAAGGGUCUGGAGCAGGUAGAGAAGGGCUAUGAGGAGUGGCUGCUCACUGAGAUCCGCCGCCUGGAGAGGCUGGACCACCUGGCUGAGAAGUUCAAGCAGAAGUGUUCCCUGCAUGAGUCCUGGACCUCAGGUAAGGUGGAGCUGCUGUCCAUGAAGGACUAUGAGUCUGCCUCACUGAUGGAGAUCCGUGCCCUGAUGAGGAAGCACGAGGCGUUUGAGAGCGACCUGGCCGCCCACCAGGACAGAGUGGAGCAGAUUGCUGCCAUCGCCCAGGAGCUCAAUGAGCUGGACUAUCAUGACGCCGUCACCAUCAACGCCCGCUGCCAGGGUAUUUGUGACCAGUGGGACAACCUGGGCACCUUGACCCAGAAGAGGAGAGACUCACUGGAGCGUGUGGAGAAGCUGUGGGAGACCAUCGACCAGCUGUACCUGGAGUUCGCCAAGAGAGCAGCCCCCUUCAACAACUGGAUGGACGGAGCCAUGGAGGACUUACAGGACAUGUUCAUUGUGCACAGUAUUGAGGAGAUCCAGAGUCUGAUCACAGCCCAUGACCAGUUCAAGGCCACCCUGCCAGAGGCUGAUAAGGAGCGCGUUGCAACCAUGGGAAUCCAGAAUGAGAUCGUGAAGAUCGCUCAGACCUACGGCAUCAAGCUGUCAGGAGUCAACCCCUACACCAACCUUUCYCCCCAGGACAUCACCGACAAAUGGGAUGCUGUGAAACACCUGGUGCCCCUCAGGGAUCAGAUGCUGCAGGAGGAGGUGGCCAGGCAGCAGUCCAACGAGAGGCUGAGGCGCCAGUUCGCUGCCCAGGCCAACAUCAUCGGACCCUGGAUCCAGACCAAGAUGGAGGAGAUCAGCCACGUGUCUGUGGACAUCGCCGGCUCCCUGGAGGAACAGAUGAGCAACCUGAAGCAGUACGAGCAGAACAUCAUCAACUACAAGUGCAACAUCGACAAGCUGGAGGGAGACCACCAGCUCAGCCAGGAGUCCCUCAUCUUUGACAACAAGCACACCAACUACACCAUGGAGCAUGUGCGUGUGGGCUGGGAGCAGCUCCUGACCACCAUCGCCCGCACCAUCAACGAGGUGGAGAACCAGAUCCUGACCCGAGAUGCCAAGGGCAUCAGCCAGGAGCAGCUCAACGAGUUCAGAGCCUCCUUCAACCACUUUGACAGGAAGAGAAAUGGUAUGAUGGACCCAGACGACUUCCGYGCCUGUCUCAUCUCCAUGGGCUACGAUCUGGGUGAGGUGGAGUUUGCCCGCAUCAUGACGCUGGUGGAUUCCAACAACACAGGUGUGGUGACCUUCCAGGCCUUCAUCGACUUCAUGACMCGCGAGACGGCCGAGACGGACACCGCCGAUCAGGUCAUGGCCUCAUUCAAGAUCCUGGCCUCCGACAAGACAUACAUCACAGUGGAAGAACUGCGCAGGGAGCUGCCCCCAGAGCAGGCCGACUACUGCAUCAGCCGCAUGACCAGUUACAUCGGCAGUGGCGCACCCCCAGGCGCCCUGGACUACAUCUCCUUCUCCAGUGCCCUGUACGGAGAGAGCGACUUAUAAACACAACCCAGACACCCUACUGUUCUGUUCCCCUUAACCUGUCCCAUCCAUACCCACAUACUGUACACCCACCCAACUCCAAGACCACCCACCUGUACACCCACCCAACUCCAAGACCACCCACACAACUCACUGGGAGGCUUUGCUCCGAUGCCCUGAACUUCAUUAGUAACCGUCAUGUCAACCAAGAACCCUUGAGAGAGCAAAUGUGUACUUUCACAAUAUCAGGAUUCCUACAUUCAUCACGGUCUGUAGUUUAUGAUUCACAAUGUUUGGCCCAGCAAGGCCACUGUAGACUGUGAGUAGUUAAACUAAGGCACUUGUAUCAGGACCUUUUUAAAAAGUGCUUCUUCUUCUCAUUGACUAAGGCACUAGGAGCAAAGCCGCCCUCAUACUCACUCAGGCGACUUUUGUUUUGGAGAAGGAAAAAAAAAAAAGUACUUUAAGGAAGGAA